AUGUUCGUUAAUAAUUCUUGUCUGCCAAAUAGUAUGAAUUGUAUAAUAGCACCAUUAAAUGGAGUUGGAGGUGUGUAUUUAGGAAAUCUGGAUGCUGCUUAGAAUUCAGAGCUGUUAUCAAAAUAUUAAAUAGGAGCUGUACUUUCUGUAAUAGAUUAAUCAAUUCAAAUCAGAGGAGCAUAAAAAUUGGUAAAUAUUAUUAAAUAUUUUAUUUAGUGGAUAAUGGCUGAUGAUUGUGAAGAUUUCCCCUUGUAUAAAUACUUUGAUUAAGCUAUCAAAUUCAUAGAUAGUUAUUCUCUAAAAACUAAUAUAUUGAUUCAUUGUUAUGCUGGAAUAUCAAGAUCUGCUGCAAUUUGUGCUGCAUAUAUGAUGCAGAAGUAUAAAUGGAAUUUAAAUUAAACUCUUCGACAUAUCUAAUAAAGAAGAAGAUUUAUAAAUCCAAAUCCAGGUUUUAUAAAACAGCUUUAAGAUUAUGAAUAAAAAAUGAAACCAAAAUAACUAAAAAAGAAUGGUUCAGUUAUUAUGGAGGUUACUGAGAAAUCUAGACAUAGCUCUGUUGGAUAUGAUGGAAAUGGUAUGAAUAUAAAUGUAUCACAAUCAAUCAAUAAAUAAAUUCUGAAUUAGACUAUGUAACAAAAUCAAAGAGAUAGACUAAGUGACUUUAAUGUCAAAUUAAACUCAUAUAUGCAUCAAUGGAAAAUCAGAGAGAGAGCUCAUUGA